AUGCGAUGCGUGCUUCGACCACUGCAAGCAUGCGCUUCCGAAGGAGACACCGAAGACGACACACCCCGAAGGCGCACUGCUUACUCAUCCCAAGUAAUGACGAUAAACUCGGUUUUGUUAAUUGAUAUGUGUCUGUGCCUGUGGUAUCUGCGCGAGGUGCGCGUGUGUUUAGUCAUUAGUCACUUUGGUAUUGGAGUUUGAUCUGUUUAAGUUAGGGAGCGCGCGGGGCUUUCUUCCCGCGCGGCUGUUUACUCUUGGUAGCUUUCUCAUCACUCGCUCUACAUUGUGGUCCUGACUUCUCGGCGUCGUGCACCCUCACCUAUCGGAAGGCUUUAUUUCCGCGCUCGCAUCUUUUCUGCGAUAGGUUUCUCGCCGCAAGUCCAAGGAAAGGGAGGAUGGUACCUCAGGGGACGGUCAAGAGAAUAGGGUAGUCUUGGCGAAUGAAGAGGAGGCUUCGAUAGAUGGAUGA